AUGACGAACACUAUGGGUUUGUUUGUCAAGGAUAAAACUGCGGCCCUCACCUACGAAGAGGAACGGCUGAAAGCCAUGGGCUAUGCGCAGGUUGCGGUGACCGUUUCCUCGAUGAGCGUCCUCCUGUCCAUCACAGGCAGUUUCGCCACCGGACUCACUUACGGCGGCCCCGUCGUGUGCCUGUGGGGCUGGUGGCUGGUGUCGCUGUUCAGCCUCUGUGUCGCGCUGGGCAUGGCGGAACUGGCCUCAGCCUACCCCACCAGCGGAGGCAUGUACUACUGGAUCUAUCAGCUCGUAGGGCCCUCAUACGGACCCCUAAUCUGCUGGGUGACGGGAUGGCUGAAUCUUCUAGGUCAGAUCGCCUCCCUGGCCUCCACGCAUUACUUCAUGGCUUAUAUCAUUUCAAUGAUCAUCUUAUUAUCUACGGGGACCGCAGCUCCGACGCUCCCGAAAGGAAUCGAACAGGGGACUGAUUAUGAUGUCCCUGAAGGAUCUGGUUGGUUUCCGGAUAACAAGCAGUUCAUGGGCAUUUACACGGCCUGCCUAGUCUUUACGGCCACCAUCAACUCCCUCCGCUUCGAGCACCUACGUGUUCAUCCUGGGGCUGCUGCUUCCCGCCUACUCGUUCACGGGAUUCUGGGCGUCGUGUUUAUGAUUUUCGUGGGCUGGUCCUGGGUGCUGUCCCUGCUGUUUUGCGUCUCAGAUCUCAACCAGGUGCUGAGUCUGGGCACCAUCCCGUCGGAGGCCAACGGAGAUCCCAUUGCCCAGAUCUUCUGGAAUGCAUUCAAGCAGCGCACCGGCAGCGGCACAGGCGGCAUCAUCAUGCUCAUGAUUCCUUUGGGGGGUAUCUACUUUUGUGCGCACUCCACCGUGACGUACGUGUCCAGGAUCCUGUUCGCCUACUCCCGCGACCGCGCCGUGCCACUUGCCUGGCUAUGGAUCAAGUACAACAAGACCGUGAAGGGCCCGCUGAUUGCGGUGUGGGGCACUGUCUUUGCGGCCUUCCUGCUGGGGCUGCCCAUGCUGGGGAGUGAGGAGGCCUUCACCGCCAUCAUCUCUCUGUCCACCAUUGCCCUCAAUAUUGCCUACGUGGCGCCGACCACAGCGCGCAUCCUGCCCUGGGGCGCCCGCCGCUUCCAGCCCGGCGUUACACUGCUGGCAACGUUUGCCCUAUCUCUCAUCUGGUACUACUUUCCAGUGUACGGGGCUUACAAGUGGUUCAAGGGCCCAGUCAGCACGCUGGAGGAGGAGCUGGGGAUAGAGGGCGGGGCCGUGACCGGCGGCAGUGACAAGGCCCGGGAGGAGGUUGCCGUCAAGGCUGACGCCGUGGCGGCGGUGGAGGCCGCGGCGCCGCCGGUGCAGGCGUGA